AGCCAGCCAGCCAGCGAGCCAGCAAGCUGGAGCUGGAACCCCGCGCCCCCUGCUCGCUCCGAUUCUCUCCGUGCCGGAGCCCGGCGCGCCAGGAGCUGGACCCCUUCUUGCCUCUCUUCCUAUCUGUCCACCCUGUUCCCUCUUCUUCUUGCCUUUGCUGCUUCCUGCCUUCCUCUUCCUUCCACCCCCGCCGGAGACUCAGGUCUGCCGGACACCUCCAUCCCCUCAGGGGGCCAUGGGCUCGAUGCUUGGGCUCCUGACACUGCUGCUGCUGUGGGGCGCUGUGGCAGAGGGUCCCGCCAAGAAGGUGCUCACACUGGAAGGAGACCUGGUCCUGGGCGGGCUGUUCCCAGUGCACCAGAAGGGUGGCCCAGCAGAGGACUGCGGUCCAGUCAACGAGCACCGUGGCAUCCAGCGCCUGGAGGCCAUGCUUUUUGCGCUGGACCGCAUCAACCGUGACCCCCACCUGCUCCCUGGCGUGAAGCUGGGGGCACACAUCCUCGACAGCUGCUCCAAGGACACACAUGCCCUGGAGCAGGCACUGGACUUUGUGCGGGCUUCUCUCAGCCGUGGGGCUGAUGGCUCACGCCACAUCUGCCCCGACGGCUCUUACGCCACGCAAGGGGAUGCUCCCACUGCCAUCACUGGGGUCAUUGGCGGCUCCUACAGCGACGUAUCCAUCCAGGUGGCAAAUCUCCUCCGGCUCUUCCAGAUCCCGCAGAUCAGCUACGCCUCCACCAGCGCCAAGCUGAGUGACAAGUCCCGCUACGACUAUUUUGCCCGCACCGUGCCCCCUGACUUUUUCCAAGCCAAGGCCAUGGCUGAGAUCCUCCGCUUCUUUAACUGGACCUAUGUGUCCACCGUAGCUUCAGAGGGUGACUACGGCGAGACUGGGAUUGAGGCCUUUGAGCUGGAGGCCCGAGCCCGCAAUAUCUGCGUGGCCACCUCGGAGAAAGUGGGCCGGGCGAUGAGCCGGGCGGCGUUUGAGGGUGUGGUGCGAGCCCUGCUGCAGAAGCCCAGCGCCCGCGUGGCUGUCCUGUUCACCCGUUCCGAGGAUGCCCGAGAGCUGCUUGCCGCCUCCCAGCGGCUCAACGCCAGCUUCAUAUGGGUGGCUAGUGACGGCUGGGGGGCCCUGGAGAGUGUGGUAGCCGGCAGCGAGGGGGCUGCCGAGGGCGCCAUUACCAUCGAGCUGGCCUCCUACCCCAUCAGUGACUUUGCCUCCUACUUUCGUAGCCUGGACCCCUGGAACAACAGCCGCAAUCCCUGGUUCCGCGAGUUCUGGGAACAGAGGUUCCGCUGUAGCUUCCGGCAGCGGGACUGUGCAGCCCACUCCCUGCGGGCAGUGCCCUUUGAGCAGGAAUCCAAGAUCAUGUUUGUGGUCAACGCCGUGUAUGCCAUGGCCCACGCUCUGCAUAACAUGCACCGCGCUCUCUGCCCCAAUACCACCCGCCUCUGUGAUGCUAUGCGGCCGGUCAAUGGACGCCGCCUCUACAAGGACUUCGUGCUCAAUGUCAAGUUUGAUGCCCCCUUUCGCCCAGCUGACACCCACAAUGAGGUCCGCUUCGACCGCUUUGGUGACGGCAUCGGCCGCUACAACAUCUUCACCUACCUGCGGGCAGGCGGUGGGCGCUAUCGCUACCAGAAGGUGGGCUACUGGGCAGAAGGCCUCACCCUGGACACAAGCCUCAUCCCCUGGGCUUCGCCCUCCUCUGGGCCCCUGCCCGCCUCCCGCUGCAGUGAGCCAUGCCUGCAGAACGAGGUGAAGAGCGUGCAGCCAGGCGAGGUCUGCUGCUGGCUCUGCAUCCCGUGCCAGCCCUAUGAGUACCGGCUGGAUGAGUUCACCUGCGCCGACUGUGGCCUGGGCUACUGGCCCAACGCCAGCCUCACUGGCUGCUUCGAGCUGCCCCAGGAAUAUAUCCGCUGGGGCGAUGCCUGGGCCGUGGGGCCUGUCACCAUUGCCUGCCUGGGUGCCCUGGCCACGCUCUUUGUGCUGGGUGUGUUUGUGAGGCACAAUGCCACACCAGUGGUUAAGGCCUCAGGCCGGGAGCUCUGCUACAUCCUACUGGGUGGCGUCUUCCUCUGCUACUGCAUGACCUUUGUCUUUAUCGCCAAGCCCUCCACGGCAGUGUGCACCUUACGGCGCCUCGGCUUGGGCACUGCCUUCUCUGUCUGCUACUCAGCUCUGCUCACCAAGACCAACCGCAUCGCACGCAUUUUUGGGGGGGCCAGGGAGGGUGCCCAGCGGCCACGCUUCAUCAGUCCUGCCUCACAGGUGGCCAUAUGCUUGGCGCUCAUCUCGGGUCAGUUACUUAUUGUGGCUGCCUGGCUGGUGGUUGAGGCACCAGGCACGGGUAAGGAGACAGCUCCUGAGCGGCGGGAGGUGGUGACCCUGCGAUGCAACCACCGCGAUGCUAGCAUGCUCGCCUCCCUGGCCUACAACGUGCUGCUCAUCGCACUCUGCACGCUCUAUGCCUUCAAGACGCGCAAGUGCCCUGAGAACUUCAACGAGGCCAAGUUCAUCGGCUUUACCAUGUACACCACCUGCAUCAUCUGGCUAGCGUUUCUACCCAUCUUCUACGUCACUUCUAGCGAUUACCGGGUGCAGACCACCACCAUGUGCGUGUCAGUCAGCCUCAGUGGUUCUGUGGUGCUCGGCUGCCUCUUCGCACCCAAGUUGCACAUCAUCCUCUUCCAGCCGCAGAAGAAUGUGGUCAGCCACCGGGCGCCCACCAGCCGCUUCAGCAGUGCCGCCACCAGGGCCAGCUCCAGCCUGGGCCAAGGGUCUGGCUCCCAGUUUGUCCCCACCGUUUGCAAUGGCCGCGAGGUGGUAGACUCAACAACAUCAUCGCUUUGAAGAUCAUUCCCCAACCCUACUCCAGCCCUG